AUGAGAGAAGGAGGCGGCGACCGGGCGGUGGUUCGGUUCUGUUGGUUUGUGCUUUUGGCUUCGGGUUGGGGCAGCCGGAUCGAUAAGGCGAUGGGAGGGAUGAGAAAUAUGGUCGAGGGUGACGAGGACCCUUGGAUGUGCUUUCUACAGGCGGAGGCUUCGAAAGGCUGGCGAGAAAAGGGUACUGAUGUGCUUCGUUGUGGCGCACGGGAGGCGGAUGAUUGGCCGGUAUCGCUGGUUUGGGUGAUUUGGAGGGGAGGCGACGGAGGUUUUGUUCCCGCUGGUCUGACAGAAAGCAGAAAGACGGUUGACCGAGAGAGUCGGGGAGGCGAGACCGAUGAAGCAGCAGCGAUGAAGAAGAAGGAUCUUCAAACUUGGCGAGACGCGCUGCAACCGAGAAAGAUUGAUCCUGGUUGUUUUUUGCCUCGCUCGAGUGGUAAAGAAGAGGCGGGAAUAAGACGAUGGAAUGGUGCUGCAGGUUUGCUGCUUUGCGUGCUUCAAAGCAAUGGAACUUUAAAAGAUACAACCGACAAGUACUCCGUAUCUUCCUGUCCUCUACCUUACUGCGGUAGGUAUGUCCGUCCACGAAAAGAAGGUGAGGCAUCAGCAGAGCUCUUUCCUCCCUCCUGUCUGCGAAAUCAUCGGCGGAUAGUCGGCCCAAGCCACACCUUCCUCAGGAUUAACACUGUGUCGUUGGCGCCUUCCGCUUCCCCACAGAUCACCAUCAGGCAGAACCGCAACCACCCAGGCUGGCUAAAAAUGGAUCUUGGCCAGUGUCUCAAGGCUCAAGUUUGGACAGAAACAUGGGGCAGACAACGACACUGCGGAUGGACAGCGGGCCUCAAGAGCUCCCCGACGGGCCCCGACCCUACCGAAGCCGCACCCCUCCGUAUGCCGCACAGUGCAUUUACCAGCCCACGCCCCCCACCAGCUCCUUCCCGCAUCCUCCUGGGUCCUCUCACCGUUCAAUGCCCAUUCAAGUGUUAUGUAUUCAUCCAAACAACAACCUCGUGUGUGAGGCACCUUAGUCAGAUGGAACAGCACACACUCCCAUCCACAAACUUCAUCUGUUUCUUCAAACCGACUGAUACCCUGCACAGAAACCCCAAACACGACUUUUGCUCUCCCGAUCAAUGCUCCCUGACGUACCAGGGUGAAGCUUCUUUAUUCACCACUUGCUUUCCAACUAAGUACCAGCUUGUCGUGUUUGCCAUGACUAUGACGCCCUCCCGCCUCGCGCCCAAUCGAAACAGAGUUACGGAACGGCGCUGCAGUGAAAGCAUGAGCUUGUUAAACAUAGGGGUCCUGCCUAGCAGGAUGAACCCUGACCAUCUUACCUGA